CAAAUAUUAAUUACAAAUAUGACCUUCAAGUAUUCUUGAAUGUUAGUGUUAAAAAUGGUUUGCAAGAUUUGUACAUCAUACUUUUAAACUUGCAUGUGCAUAUCAGACACGUGAUGAUAUACAGGUAUAUUGAAGAACAUGUGCAGAGGACUGGUGUGGCCAUUGAAACCCAAGGUUUCACCUUCAUUACCAGUGGCAGGAAGCGGGAAUCCCUUACUGGAAAUGCUACACUUCAUCUUUAUCCCCACUUCAAGCCCCUGCAAGACAUUGAGGGUGUUGUGGAUUACUUGAAUACAGAGAUUAGCACUUCAAAGCAGAAGAAAUUCAGUCUGGUAACUUUUAUUGAUACCCCUGGUCUGGUUGAUGGAGACAUGAAGUAUCCAUUUGAUGUUAAUCAGUCCAUGCUUUGGCUGGGUGACCUGUGUGAUUUGAUCUUUGUGUUCUUUGACCCAAUUGGCCAAGCAUUGUGCAAGAGAACUUUAAACAUUGUGGAGCAGUUGAAUGAAACUCAUUCAGAACGUAUUCGCUUCUACCUCUCCAAAGCUGAUGAAGCAGGUCAUGAGAGUGACAGGCAGAGGGUAAUGAUGCAAAUUGUACAAGAAUUAUGUAAGCGUCCAGGCCUUAACAAGACUGGCUUUGAUAUGCCAACAAUUUACAUUCCCAAUCCAAACAAGGGAAGUCGCUGUGUGAACCAAAUUGAAGAGGUUUGCCGAGACAUUGAGAAGACUAUUAAUCAGACAAUCCAGAACACACUCAACCAAUUGGAAAGGGACUGUGACCAGAUUUCAACACUUGUUGAUGAAGCCAUUGAAGCUGAUAACACCUCAAGGGCCUAUAAUUUUCGUGCUAAGGCAAAAGGGAUGGGACUCUCCUUAUUUGGAAUCCUGCUACCGAUUAUACUGAUGCUGGAAGUUCUCCUUUCUUCUGCUCCAAAGGAACUUGUUAAUAAUCUCUUUGGAGAGUCACUUGCUGACACAUUAGCAACUUAUAUGGCCCCUUUAACAUCUUUCUGGAUGGCCAUUGGUGAGGAUAAUCAAAUGGUGGUGCUUGCUGUUGUGCUAAUUGUGUCUGGCACAUUCCUCAUUAUCUCUCGCUACUGCAGCAAGACGAGGCCCACUUUACAGCGCCGCUCAAAGAAGGCCCUGCUUGAAAAGCGAGAAUAUGUUAAUUCCCAUGUGAAGGGACAAAAGAAAAAACUCUACUCAGAAUACCUGCAGCAAAGUGUGUCUGAUCAAGAUUUAUAAAAGUAGUCAGCUGAAGGCUUGGUCUGAUGAUAGCAAAAUGACACCUUUUGUUAAGUACAAAAAUGAAAAGAAAAAGAGAGGAGAAAGGAAGAGGAAAUCACCCAGUGCCUAAUUUUUUAUACUGUAAAUGAAGCCAAAGAACAGUAUUUUUCUAUAAAUCAUUGAAUGCAUGGCUGUAGCACUGACUGUUUAUAAAUGCACACGCACACAAUAACUCUCACUCUCAUACACACUCACUCACACACACUUACACUCACACACACACUCACAUUCACAUACUAACUCACUCACACUCACACACACACACAUUCACACACUCAUUCACAUUCACACUCACAUUCACACACUCAUUCACAUUCACACACUCACAUGCACAUUCACAUUCACAUUGGCACACUCUCACUCUCGCUCUCACUCUCAUGCAUUAGUACACAAACACACAUGGGCAUGUGAACAUGUACAUCAGUGCACAUACACAUGCAUAUAUUUAUAUGUGCACAUGUACAUAAAUGCAUAUAUAACUGGCACAUGUUCACCUGUGCAUAUGCAUACAUAUACACAUUUACAUUUAUUCAUAUACAUAUACUCAUAAAUACACACAUUCACAUGUACACAUCCAAUUUCAUGUAUACAUUUACAUAUACACAUUCACAUGUAUACAAGCACAUAUAUACAUAUACAUUUACAUAUACAUAUAUAUACACUUACAUUUAGAUAUGCAUACAUACACAUGCAUGUGAAUAUGUACUGCAUUUAUACUCAUGUACAUGGAGGGCAUAAAAUUUGUUUUAACAAAUAUUUACCUCUUAGCUGUAAUAGACUAUAUUUGUGUAACUGUGUUAGUAUGCACUUGUUUUGAGAUCAAAUAGCUACUUAUAUAGGAUUUUGUUUUUAGCAAGAUGGUGAUACUUCAUUUGAUAAAAUGUUAAAUUUCAUUUUUGACCACUGGUUGUGCAAAGCAGAAAUUGUUAAAUGUUUUUGAAUAAAAUAGUAGGAUAGU